UCAUUUAUUUUGUUGGGAAAAUCGAACGACGCUUCCAAUAAGAAAUCAAAAUAUUCUUUAUUCUCAUGCUGUUUUAAAUCUGUCUAAAAUGCUUCUAGGAAUCUUAUAGUGUGUAGUUUAACGAAAAUGCAGAUGUCGAGUUGUAAAGCUAUGCAGUUUACUUGGUUAGGGAAUGGAACAGCAGGGAAUCGAAAAUCUGUUGUUAAUUAUGAAUCGUUUCGGCUGGGUAAUUUACAUAUUAGUAUUGGAGAUUUUGUGUUAGUAAGAAAUGAUGCUUCAAUUGAUCCUGAAGAUUUUUCUAAUUCCUUUGUGGCUCAGGUCAAAGAAUUAUUUGAUACAGGAGUGGAACCUGAGCCUCAUCGAGCAAAAGUUCAAUGGUUCUCCAGAAUAUCUGAGUUACCAUCAUUUGCUCUUAAGUUCAUAGAUAAAGUUGAUACUGUGAAUGAAGUUGUGGAAGAAAAACGUAUCAAUUGGUCAUAUAUUAUUGAUGCUGACACAAUAUUUCACAAGUGUUUAGUGCUGUUUUUAGAAGAAAAUGAUGAUUAUUCAUCAUUUGUCUCAGAAUAUGAAGACGGUGAAUUUCCUGUGUUCUUUUGUCGAUACAGAUUUACAGGACGCAGAAUAUUGCCUGUUAUGAAAAGUGAUGGCACACCGUGCUCUAAAAGUAUUUCUUUAACUCCGAAGCAGAUAAGUGCAUCUGAAGUAAUACACCCAGAAAGAAAAGAAAGAAAGGAAGCCUUUUACAGUGCUACAACUAUUGGGGAUUCAUUUUUACCAAAGGUACUCAUUAAAAAAAUGGAUGAUAGAAUUCUGGAAAGCCAGAAUGGCAAUGUUAGAAUAUUUAUUGCUCAGACUCAUGCAGAACCUAUGAAAAAAUUAAAUGCUAAAUUUCAGAAGAAUCUCUCACUAAAUGCUGAAACUAGUGUAUCAGAAGAAAAUCCAUCAAAUGGAAAGCCUAUUAUACAUUCUCUUAGAGAUACUUCCAACUGUGGUGAUCAGAAUCUGAAGUCAAAUGUUUCUGUCUAUGGCUGUGAUGAUGUUUUAGAAGAAUCUGAUAGUCCUAAUCCUUAUAAAAAGUACAAUAUUAGAUCUAAAAAAAGAAAAGCAAAAAGAAAUCUAUUUCCAAAUGCUUCUGAAAAAUUAUCAAAACCUUCGAUGAGUUGUUCUCGAAGAAAAUCUAUUACUAACACCUUGAAGAGUACUUCACUUCAAAAGAGAUCCAGAUAUUCUUUGUGUGAUAUAAAAACUUCUCAAAAAAAGAUAAAUUCUACAACACGUUUUGGAAGGAAAGUGAAAUCUGUAAAUUAUCAUGUUGUAAGAAGCUCCGAUGAAGAUAAUGGAAAACUUAAGACAUCUUCAAAUUGUAUAAAGAAAAAAUCAUGUAGUGUUAUCCAAAUAGAUUCUUCAGAUGAAGAAGGAAGUUUAUUUUCUUGUGCUUCUGUGGAGAGUUCAGAUGAUUCUGUAUCUGUAGUUUCUGAUUGUUCUUUAUUAGAUAAAGAUUGUAAGCCAAUCACACCAAGAAAAAAAUCAAAACGAUCAUCUGUUGAAAACCGUUGGCAUUCAAAACAGCUUGCAGUCUUCUCGGAAUGGAUAAGUACAGGUCAUGUGCACUUUGCAAAGGAAUCUUGUACCAUUCCUACUGUAAAACCUUGCGUGAAACACCCACUUAAAACUCCACAAAACGUUCUUGAAGAAUCAAGGCAAAGACUGCAUGUUUCAGCUGUGCCGAAAUCACUUCCUUGUCGGGAAGAAGAAUAUUCUGAUAUUUACAGUUUCGUGAAAGGAUGUUUGUGUGCACAAACUGGCGGAUGCAUGUAUAUAUCAGGUGUACCGGGAACAGGGAAAACAGCAACUGUUCAUGAAGUGAUCAGAAACUUAGAAGAAGAGAAAGAAUCUGGUGAAGUUCCUCUAUUUUCAUUUGUAGAAGUAAAUGGAAUGUGGCUGACAGAUCCAUAUCAAUGCUAUGUACAAAUAUUUAAGUCUCUCACAGGAGAAACUAUAGCUCCUCAACAAGCUGCUAAUUUGUUAGAGAAGCGUUUCACAGAAAAAGGGCCUAAGAAAGAUGCUGUUGUUUUGUUAGUGGAUGAACUGGAUCGUUUAUGGACGAGGAAACAAACUGUGAUGUAUAAUAUAUUUGAUUGGCCUUCUAAAAAGAAUUCAAAGCUGAUUGUUCUUGCAAUUGCAAAUACUAUGGACCUUCCAGAACGCUUGAUGAUGAAUCGUAUUUCAAGUAGAUUGAUAAAAGUGACAAUAAAAUUGAAAUAA